CCCAAUCCCCACAUACAAAAAAUGUAAAUAUUCAAACGGAUGACAGCACCCCGAGGAGCGCGAAAGCGCCUUCAGUACGGUUUUGUAGUUGUACUAGUACUAAGUACUAGUGAUAGAGAUAUUAGUCGACAAAAAAAGUUUUUUUCAAAGUGUCUGAUGCUCCUGAUCUGAUUUCCUCAUGACAUAUUCUUGCACGACUGUAUUCAAAAUUUACAUUUAGUGCUGAGAUAGGAGAAGAAGGAGUUGAUCGAGCAAAGAAUGGCACGGGAGCUGGAAAAAGCUACGACAAAUUUGGAUCAUCGUGCGGCAGCAUAGUAGGGUGCUGGAGAAGGCACGGGCACGAUGUUGUCCUUGCUCCAAAAGACGGUCCUUGGCUGGCUACUCGCCGUAGUCCAACUUGUACUGCACUCCAGCACGGAGGUUUUUGCCACUUAUCGCGGCGAACUUCCAGCCUGCACCUCGCUCGAAUGUCCCGAUCCGCCGCCAGCGCCACCGACUCCUCCAAACGCGACUAGUACGACAUCAGACGCCAGUCAUCAACCGAACGUUUGCAUCUUCUCUCCCGACUCCAAUGAUGGACACGGUGGCAACUACUACGUCCCGGCAUCUUGCGAGUUACGGUACAAUGGAUCCAUCGUAUUCGACACAGUCAUGGUUGAAGGCGUGUGGUCGCGAGUAGAUUUGCGGAUCACGGCAGUGAACGGAAAUAUCACGGUUCGAGAUAGCUUCUUUUGGCGAUUUGCGAAGCUGGAGUUUGGAAGUAAUGUUUCUUCAUCGGGGACAGCGGUUGUGGCUGAUAUUAAGGAACAUCAGCUUGCUCAAGUGGCGACGUCCACUAUAUCAUAUUCCGACGAUGUUCAGACAGAGCAGGGUGCGAGGUCCCGAGAACUUGCAGUGGCGUCAGGAGCAGAUCCAUCAAGUCGAGGUAGCGCCUCUGCGCCUGCCGCUGCCACAACUAUAAUUGGUGGGAUCUUUUUCGAUUACCAGCGUGGUGGAGAGUCUGAGAAAUUUCUGACCGUAGAAGACGUCUCCCUAACCUUAAGCCCACCUUUUGUAUCUGAUGUUGUGCUGAAUGGAACGAAGCGAGUUGAAUUUCGAGGAGUAAGGAAAUGGACGAUUUCGGGAGCUAGGAAUGUGCGGUUGUUACACGGGUUGUUCAAUGUGCUGGACCUGUUUCGCAUUGAGGCAACACAAUCAGUGGAUUUACGGGUGGGACUGUAUUGCUCGGGGAGAGUGAUGGUGGAUGUGGAGAAUGAUGUACUACUUGAUGUUAGAAGUAGUUUUCAGUGUCUUUCAAUUCUUCACGUAAUGUCAUCUGUAGAAGGAAGUCAUAAUCAAUGAACAAGAAGAACAUUUAGUACAUCAUGAUUGAUUCUGCUGGUGAUAUUCUGUUUAUUUGUCUUGGUGCGAUCCAAAGUAAGUACUACCCUCACACCACCAGGUUCAAUUCGGCGGCGUUGUUUCGACCUUUCUCUCUCCUCGCGGCGGUGACGACGAUUUGAGACAGCCGAUUGUCCUAGUUCGCGCAGCUACAAUCAUUCUGAGACCCUCUGACACGUGGGCUGCUGACCGUCUCGCCAUCUUCGCUGAUGAAUCAGCGGUGUUUCAAGCUGCUUCGGACUACUACGACACCGACGUCAGGACUGGCGGAGACCGAUUAGCAGAACUGUGUGAGCAGGAAGACAGAGUCAGAAGUAGAAGGGAAGAUGCUCAUGCUUGGUCGUGGACCAACUACAUGUCGGCAAAAAGAACAGGAACAGGUGCUGAGACCACGUCGCCAAUUAUGGUGACUGGACCUGGAGCAGACUCUUCCGCUGGAGGCGCAACCACAACGCGGCCGCAACCGUCAGACCUCCGUGAACGAAGACAACUACGAGACAGCCCUUCACGUGAAGUGAUCGAUUUUUGUCAUAUGUGGCAAUCUCCGUGUGCGAACAUGGACAACGAAGACGCGGCAACCUGUUACACGCCAAGUUGGUACGCGCAGUUCUUCGGAGAUCGCAAGAAACUCUUUCCGACACUCUCCGUUCUGGAGAAAGACUACCUGGACCCACUGGAGCCAGUUCCCUUCGACUUACUCAUCGUCUCGCCGAAUGUAGCUGUUUCUGCGAAGACCAAGAUCCAAGCUCAAGCGUUGCUGUUCUGUGCGGACACGUUGAAGAUGACGCAAGCCAGCGUUUCGACGAGUGGUCGUGGCUGUCGACCGGGCAGUGGACGUGGUGCUGGAGCUAGUAGUCAUAGUUAAGGCUUCAGGGAAUCCAUCUUCAGGAGCAUCUUGGGACCUUCCUCUAUAAGGGAAAAGCAAGCCCAGGAUGACACUCAAGAUGGAUUCCAGGAAGCUCUAAUAUAGCGAAUUGGUUGGCGCUGGUGGGAGCCACAGCGGUCGAGGUGGAUUCGCGGUGAAAAGCACGACAGAGAAGGUCCUUCCAGUUUCACCACCGGGAAUGCAGUACGAUGUACCGGACUACAAUCCUUUUGUCAGGCCAGCAGCAGGAGAGGACGAUAUUGGCGAUUAUGGGCGGAUGAGAAGAAGUAGAAAGAAGAAUCGACGUCGGGGUAGCUCUUGGACUGCUUCACCGACCAUCAGACGGUUCUUCUUGUCUCGUCGUGCUGAGAAAGAUUUUCGCAUGACCACUCUGGCUAGACCACCUCCAGACUUCCCUUCACAACCUUCCAGAGACAAGGACGACGAGGAUGAUAAGCCCAAAACUGCCGGUGUGUGGUGGGACGUCUCCAGACCCGCCUCUGGUGGUGGCUGCGGUGACGACACAGAGUGCUCCUUCCUAGAGCGGCUUCCUAGUCGCCCAUCGUUCGGUGGUGGCAUCAUUUGGGCUUCAGCAAGAGCUCUGGUCUUCGACAAAUCCGUCUUAACCGCAGAUGGCAGUCGAGGCAUGGUCUCGGAAGGCAGUUUCGGUCGUAGUUGGGCCAGCGGAGGCGGUGCUGGUGGAAACUUGGUGUUGCACACACAAGAGAAAAUCCGAGGAUCGGCAUAUAUGUCGGCGAAAGGUGGAAACAAUGCUUGUUUGGCAAGUAGUGCGUCUGGCGCGGGAGGCGGCGGCCUAGUGGGAAUUCGGUGGCACCCUGUGACGGCGGCACCUGCUUCGGUAGUUGAGAAGACCACUGGAUCUGGAGCAAAGACUACUGGCGAAGGAGAAGUAGUUCUUGAAGUUGCACGACGCAGAAAACUGCAACAAGGAGCCUCGCAAGAUGAGCAGACUGUGGACGAUGAAGAUGAACACGAAGAAGAUGUAGACGUAGAGCUCAGCACGACUGCAUCGUCACAAUCUGUAUCGCUCUCUCUCCCUCAAGACGAAGAAGGAGACACGACGGUCGACAAGGGCCCGGACUCGGUCAUUCGCAUUCUAGUCAACGGCGGUGGCAUCGACCCGACUUGCUUAGAGAACCCACCAGCUCACGUGCACGAAGUUACGAUCCAUGUCAGUGGAGGCCAAGGUUUGAAAUCACACAUGGGCCGCUGCCCUCCUGGUCUUUCGGGCACGUUUUGCACGCCCUGUGACAAGGGUCUGUGGUCUGACGGAGGAGCUCAAUGCGAAGCCUGCGACCGACCUCAUACUAAAGAUGGCCGUGAUGUCGAACGUUUUGAGUGGGUGUCCACUGGCUGGCAGAAUUCGACUUGUCCCUACCGUUGUCCGCCUGGUUAUCCAGGAGUCCAAAGCAACCCCCAAUGCCUGGACCCUUGGGUCUACACGAUGACGUUUUUUGGUGGCGUAGUGGGAUUGAUGUGCAUCGGAUCGAUACUGGUCGUUUUGAUCUUGAUAUCUUUGACCUGCGAAGAGUACAGACGAAAACGUAGACGAAAGGCAAGACAAGUUGACUACGCAUUGGAGCAGUUGGUCGGGAUCAGUGGAGGCGCAGGCGCGGCAGGGACUGCAUCUGGUCCACCAGCAGGAGCCUCAAGUUCAACAGCAGGCACCCCAGGUGGUGGAGGAGGAGGUUUUACUAGUUUUAUCAACAACUACAGCAACAUCUUCCCGCCUGGUGGUAGUUCAUUAUAUUCUGCGAAUUUCGGGUCGGCGCACAACAGUUUGAAGAACACUCCUGCUGGGACGCCGAGCACUCUUUCCGGUGGACCUUCCUCUCUGGAUAACUCGAAGUUGCUGUCGGAUGGCGUACCCAGUGGAGUGUUAAUACUCAGCACACCCAGCAGUGUAGACAACAAUGUGCGUGGUGCUGGUACUAACAGUAGCAGACCUGGAGGAGGUGGCGGGCGAAGUGGCAUGACAACUUUUAGUCAACUUCAGGCAGCGAGAUUACGAGCGGGUCGCCGAGCUAGUCUUGUGCUGCACCAGCACCAAGCUUCCGCUUCCCCCGUCUUCACUAGUGGGCAGAAGAGCAAACGGAAAGGCCGUUACGACCAUGAAAAUAUUAGUAGUUCUUUCGCUGGAGAGGGAGAGCGUCUGGCGUCUGGCAGUAGCAUCACUGGAGGCAUCUUGACUUCUGAAGAUACGAUGGCACGGUGGGCAGAAGUUCAGAUACGUGCUAGAAACUGGGCCAAUCCGGAUCACAUGGCCUGGAACGACGUAGACUCCAACUCUUCGGUGUAUAUGCGCAGCUGCAGACGGGUCUGGAACACCCUAGUUGACUGGGCUAGGUUUUUGUGCGUGAGCUGUGGAUGCUACCGGAGCUGUGUUCAAAGUAGUUCGUUUGCUACUGGUUUUUUUGGUCGGCGGUGGCGUAGCACAACAACAAGGUGGCAAGCAGCUCCUGAGCAGACGAGAGCUGUUUCUGGUGGAGAUGUUCAGAGUAACGCUAACGCAGGAGCUUCUAGUUCUUCUGCAGGUCAUUCAUCGUCGGAUGAGCAGAGUCAUCUUCCAAGUAGCAACGUUCUUGCCGCAAACCCAGCAAGGUCAAACACCGACUUCCCGCUAUCUAUGUCUCCGGGCUUUGACCGUGGCCACAGCAUCGAUCUAACUGGGACUCAGUCUCCUGGUGCUGGUCGUGGUCGAGGAUCUUUUGCCACAGCCGAUAACAUGCCCACUUCUCCAGGGCCUAUGGGUGACGUCUUACGCCUCAACGACAACCUCACUGAUGCGCAUGACUUCUUGUCUUCUUUUGUUGUCCACGGUGGUGCAAAGGAGCAUCGAAGGAGUUCUACAUCCGUCGUCCGCGCAGUGGAGGCUGAGUGGUUCACGGCAGACGCGACGACGAGGUCGUCUUUCGCAGAUCCGGGAGGAAGGGCAAUGCCAUCAAAUUCUAUCCCGUUAAUCCAGAUCACUCCGCCUGAAAUGUUUGACGGUGUGGCGCAGGAAGUAGACCAUCUUCUAGUUCAGAAUGCUGCCUCUAGUCGCUCUAGGAGGAAUCAGCCAGAACCAGCAACACUUGCAUACGGUGAAGAUGUCCUAAACUCCAUGACGACUACCUCAACGAAUCAACACACAACGGCGCCGGUAGUCAGAUCUUCACUUGCUGCAGAAGAGAACAUGAUCCUCACAGAGGAAGCAGUCCGCGGGUUGCUUUUUAACGCAGAUGAUGUGCCCUACCACGUCAGGCGGGUUUACUUUCGCGGAACCAACAACGAUUCUUUAACCCAAGACCCCUGGCGCUUGGACGCAGACCGGAACCCUUGGCCUGGUCGUGUUGCCGGAGGCCGUUGGGCAGUUUUUGCAGAGCGCGUCAGGCACGAACUAGCUGCGCGCGGUGAAGCAAAGUCCGUCCAGUUCGUCACACGGAAAGUCUAUCCGCCGUUGUGGCCUUGGUGGAAGCGAAAGCAACGACGUGAACGAGCCUGUCGACUUCUAGAGUUCAUAAACAUCGAACUAGAAGCCGGAUUACAUCCUCAGUGCAGAUUUUGGAACUGGAACACUUCAGGGGGCUCGCCGUCAUCUUCUAGUAGCUUCUAUCCCGGCAAUCUUGGUCUUACUACCUCAUCUUCACUUCUUUCAUCAACAUUAGGAACAUCUUCAGCGAGUGGUGGUCCAAAUGUCAGUGUCAAAUUCGGUUGUGACGGUUCCGCUUGUUUGGCGUAUCUGGAUUUCCUCGAUUAUGACAGCAGUCUCUACGAUUGGAGUCCAGAACUACCUCCAGGUGAGGAACGCUUCCUCCCAGCCGCGGGUGAUGGCAGUUACGACUGCCCUUUCAUCUUGGAAGUCACAGAUCCAUUACUUGCUCAGAUAGAGUCGAUUGCCGGUAGUGCAGUCUUGCAUCCUGUUUUGCAUCAGUUUAACCUAGGAGCGCGGACCAUCGGCAGUUGUAAGACGUUGACAGAGGCGUGGGAAGCGAGUCGGGAUCAAGUAGUGGAGAGAAGUGGCGGAUCUUGUAGUAGGGUCGGUGGAGGGGGAGGUGGACAAGAAGAUCAUGACAGGAUGAAGAUGGUCAGCGUUCCUACAGUCAAUUCGCCAAGAAGGGAACAAGUUCGGCAGGAGCACGCGACAGCCAUGAUCAUGACCCGAAGAAACGAUGUGGACACCAACUACAGCAAGACACCUCCUUCGGCUUCUGGUCUUCGUGCGCUUCCAGGGCUCUUUGUCCGUGGCUCCGAUGGUCAGGAAGUUUCUCUUGCUGAAAUCGCGCCGCCAGAACUGAUUCAGGAGCUCACUUUCAGAGCAGAGGAGCAUCGUAGACAUCAACCAGGCGCAGAUGCUAGAAGUAGCACGACCGGGAACUACAACACAAGGGAAAGCAAAAAAGCCUCUUCAUCAUCAACAACUACUCGAGGUGGUGGCACAUCGUCCAGAGCAAGACUGUCUCAAGUGCGAGAUGAAGACGACAUUGACGGAAGUGCGGUUGCGAGGGAUAUUAGUGCCCUGCUACGAGAUCGUGCGGAGAAAAGACGCCGCAAUCUCAAAGUUGUAGCUGGUGAUGAGGACUCAAGAGGAGCAAGGGCCGAUGAUCUACUCGAUCAUGGUGCUGACUCAUCUGCGUUUUCCUACAGUUUUAGACCUGAAAUCAACACGCGCAGUCCGGAGCCUAGUCCGCGGAUAGGGAGCAGCACCAGAGAACAACGGCAAGGAGACGAUCUUGCAACCAGUUAUCAAACCGGAGGCAGCUCUUCUUCAUCUUCAAGACAAACACCGGCAUCUUCAUCUUCAUCUUCUCUACCAAAUUCUCUCCGAUCCACCGGUGGCGCUCCUCAGCAGUUGUGGCGUCAAUUCCGCAAGGGUUUUCAUCGAUCCACUGGUGCUGCGGCAUUGGAGCGGCUAUUGCUAUGGAAGAACAAGGUCGAAGAUGCCGGUGAAGCCUUGAGGCAUGCAGGCAUCGCGGUUGCCGUGCAGUGUAUUCCCGAUAGCAUAACUGAAGAAGGUAAGGUCAUUUGGCGUGUGGGGUUGAUGUUUGAAGGAUGUCAAGCACCAAAUAUAGCGACACCAGCAUCCUCUUCGAAGUUGGUUGUAGACGAGAACCACCAGAGUCGCAACAUAGCUGUGCCAGCGCGCUUGUCGAACCUGACAGAGAGUUCACGUGGCUAUUCAGGCGAUAGUUCUGGAGGUUACAACGGUUGGGGACGCGGACGAGCUCCAGGAGAAAGCAGUGCUUCCAUGAUCCGCAGUCAAAAUCCUGGAGGACCAUCUUCGAUUUUUCAGGGUGCCGACUUCUCAGACCCAGACAUGUUGUCUCCGAGGGCCUCCAGUAGUCCUAAGGCUAUGCGAGGUGAGUGCCGUCCGCUCUUUUUGACUAAGGGCUUGCCGGAAGAAGUAUUGCAGCCUAGGCCAAAGACAAGUAGUAUCGAUCGGAACAAGAAGGAGUCAUCUGUAAGAACUCCUGCAUCAGCAUCCUCAAAUCUUCAACCCCAACACAGUCCGCGUUUGGGCGGCGGGCUGUGGGGUAAGAUUCGCCGCAGUGCUUGUGGUCGGCAGGUGUGCUCUUGUUUUGGUAAGGUGAAGUGGUCUUUGACCAAAAGCUCUUUCGCUUUGAAGACCAGAGCCAGGCUGCAAACAUCUGCAUCAAGAUGGAAACGAGCUUUAACCUUACCCCGCCACAUCAUCUUGCAGAAUCGACAACCAAUUUUGAGGAUUCGAUCAUUGCUGAUUUUGGUGCUCUACAGUCUGCUGUUCGCAGACGCCAUGGUCACGAUCUUACUCGCCAACACCUUCUUCGGCAUGCAUCCACUCGUGUUUCUUUCCUGGUUUUUGUUGCCACCACUUUGCCCUCUCAUGGUGCCGUUACAGGGCGUUGCUUGGCUACUAUUCGCGCGGGAGGAGAAGGGACGGAUCUUUUGCCAUCUAUUGUCGGCUAGUGUUUUGAAUUUGUACGCUGGGGUCGUCGCAUGGUCCUUCUGCGGAAUCAGCAGAGUUUUGGCCCUCACCUCUGCAUCGGAUGACGAUGAUGAUGACGUCAUACCAGUUCUUGGAGAAGAACAAUUUUCCACGUUGGGUAGGCCACCACCACACAACAUCGCCAGUUCUACAGCGGGUUUUGAACGCUACUUUGCGCGGUUGAUGUCGUCCCCAGCCAGGACUACACCCACACUUCCAGAACCUUCGUCACGACCAUACGUGGUGAUACCUGAAAACUCGAACAACUCCUUCUUCUUCGACCACUAUUUCCACGCGGCCGACGCCUACUACUCGUCUUUUCGCUACUACUUCCUCGCACUGAUCAUCUUUGCGGCAGAAGUUUUUGGCAUUUGCCUGCUAAAGGUAGCUCUAGGCGUAGCAGCGAACUACUACAUAGCUGGCAUAGAAUGCGAAGAAAUUGUCUUGGCAGAAGAAGUAGUGCAGCUUUCAAGUAGUUAUUUGGGAGGUGGAGAAGGAGAUGAACAAGGUGAAGGGGAUGACGAAGACCUCGGGAACGGGCAGCAAACGAGUGCAUCGAUAUCUAGCAUUACGAUGACUUCUGGAGGAAGGGUGGACGAGAGGGGGGCUCCUGCGACAGGGUAGUGCUGGCAACAUAAAUUCGUGGCCACGAUAAAUCAACAUCUCAAUCUCUCACUCCCUUUCGACUCACCUUUCAUCUUCACAUCUAACGACAAAUGUGCCUUAACUUGACACUGUAGUAAAGUGUACUCUGUUGAGUGCGGUUGGUUGAGAAAGUCACAUGCGCGUGACUCACUCUCUGCACAUAUCAUCUUUUUGGAAAG